AUUGAAUUUCGCAUCUAAGGGCACCAUUGCGCGAUUUAAAAGCUGAAUUCAAUAAUCCGAGAUCUAACUUCACUUUGAGGAUUCUUCUUUAGAAGUGGACAGAAGAAAAGAGGAAGAGGAUGCACCUCACUCCUCAUGACUCGCUUGCCUCAUGGGACCCUAAUGAUGGAUGAGAUGUGUCUCGUUAACAAGCGUCACAUGUCUAUGUGCUCACCCGAACCAGAUUCAAUUACUGCAAGCACACAAACAGGCAAACCGCAGUGGGACGAGCAAGGCAGUGGGAGAACAUCGACUUAAGCGCAGAGGGACGACUUGACUUUUGGGUUUUUUUUUUUGUUUUUUGAGAUGGGAGUCUUGAAAUAUAUUUUUCUUCUGGCGUGCGUCGCCUUCGUUCAUCAAGCGGAUGGACGCAAAACAUAUGCUGACAUGUUCCCCCACAAGCACACCCCCCGAGGAAAGUCUCCUUUCCCCAUGCCACCCAUCCCAGGUUGGACUCCCGACAGCAGCCCGUGGGACGACUACCUCUAUCCGCCCAUAAAACCCAAAGAGCUCAUGCGCAGACGAGGAGGCAAACCCACGGUGCGCCUCACCAGCGACAGCCCAGCGCUCAACGGUUCCGUCAUCACAUUCACGGCCAAGCUGGAGUAUCCGCCAUGCCAGAAAGAGGACGACAGCGGGGAACUCGUGUGGGAUGAGCACUGUGAUGACGCAAAUGGACAAGCGCGCUCGGGCUACGUGUACAACUGGACGUCGUGGAUGGACGACUACGGCUUUGGCAGAUGUACGGACGCCAGCAAAUGCAACGCGUUCCCUGAUGGGAAGCCCUUCCCUCAGAGCAACGACUGGAGGCGCAAGAACUACGUCUACGUGUGGCACACGAUGGGACAAUACUUCGAGACAUGUGACGGCCACUCCUCCAGUCUGAAACUCAACACCUCCAGCAUCCCUGUGGGAGCUGAGGUCAUGGAGGUCAUGGUGUACCGUAAACGUGAGCGCAGGAAAUACAGUCCCUUGAGUAUGGACAACGUCGUUUUCUACGUCACGGAUAUGAUCCCAGUGGCGGUGGACAUCUCCCAGAAGUCUGCGGUCAACCGCUCCGCCAACCACGUGUUCUUCCGAGGCGAGGAUGUCGUCUUUCGAGUGCAUCUCCACGACCCGAGCGGUUACCUGAAGACGGCGGUGGCCCUCGACUAUAUGUGGGACCUUAAGGAUGGCAACCGGGUGGUGACCCACCGCGAUGUGACCACACACGCCUACAGCACGGUGGGCAACAGGAGUGUUAAGCUAGUGGUGGAGGCAGCGUUUCCAGCAGAGUGUCCGCCUGCUACCGCCACCUCCGCGCCGACAACGUCCACACCGCCACCAACCCCUACUGAGCGCCACACGUCUCCACCGGCCAUGACGACGACCCCCCAAGCCAUCUCGGUGAUCUCCAGCUCAUCUCCUGUCACCGUGACAAUGGGCUUGCCCACCACAGAAGUCCUCCCGUCCGUUGAUUCCAGCGGUACCCCAGAGUCGACCCUCUGUGCUCUGCUUCACAGCAAGCGUGUGCUGCAGGGCAACGAGUGCGUCCGCUACGUGCACGGAAUCUUUGUAGCAAACAUCAGCAUCAUCGAGCCCAAGCGUCCACUGCAGAGCAAGGCCAACAGCCGCAUUGUUGAUGUGUUGGCUGCCAGAGUAACCAAGACUGACAUCAGCUUCCUGGUGAAAUGCCUGGGCAGCGUCCCCACCUCGGCGUGCACCAUUGUGUCGGACCCCACGUGCACUUCGGUGCACAGCAUCAUGUGCAAUGAUGUUCCUCCUUCCGCAAAGUGUGAGGUGAACCUGAGGAGAACUUUUCUGAAGCCGGGGACCUACUGCGUCAACAUCACGUUGCAGGAUUCUCGUACCAUGACACUGACCAGCACCACCGUCACCAUUAACAAGUUGCAAGCGACCCCCGAGCCCGAGAACCCUCAUACUAUUGAAGUGAUCCUAUCUACAUGCGCCGUACUGGGAGCUUUCUUUGCAUUGAUUGCAUGUGUUGUUUACAGACGCUACAAGGUGUACCGGCCCAUUCGUCGGUCGCUGUUGGAGGAUGCCAGCAACCGCGCCGGGGUUGCAGGUAGCGUGAUGCGCCUGAGGGAGGCGCUCUUCCCCUCAAACGAGGAGCGUCAUCACCUGCUGACCGAGACGCACCAACUCUAGUUGCUUCUCCCUCAUGGCACUUACUGUCACAGUUAAUGGUAAAUCCAAUGCAUAUAGAUUAAAAAAACGAGGAUCAAACGCCAUUAAAUGCUAAAGAUGACUUUAAUAUUCACAUAACAGUAUGUGUGCUAAAGAUGUCAGCGAGGAAACUAUUAUGUAUGUAAUCAUUUUGCAGGAAUACAUUAUAUAAUAUGGUGUUUAAAGAGUUUCUAAUAAGUGUGAAGCAGCCAAGCUUGAAUUUGCAAUGAGACGUUAAGAGCGUUACGGACUCUCAUAAAAGCUGUCAACUAACUAA